AUGCCGCUCAACGCACACACCGGUGGCUUCGUCGCCGGAACAUUGGUAGAUACCAUGAUGAGGAAGGAGAGCAUUGAGAACAUCGGAGAGAAUUCUAGCGUCUUGACUCGUGCUGGUGAAACACAACAGUGGGGGGUGAGAAGCAAUGAGGUCGUCAUGACCCCAGCAUCAGACAAUUUAUACUCUUUCAACGGGGGUGAUCCGUUCUUCACCGCGGGACAACCAUUUUACACAAUAAUUGGCAUUCGUGCUAUCGAUCCAACAUUUGCACGUCGGUAG